GUAAAGGUUUCGGCUCCUUUUUUCUUUUAUUUAGUUUAAAUAUUAGAACAAACAUGCAAAGCGUUAGUGAAUUUAUUAAUAAUAGUGAAAUUAUUUCAGAUAACGAUAUGGACACUUCAUCUGACGAUUAUGUGGAAGAUGACGAGCAGGAAGAAAUGGAAAUUGAGCAUUUCAGUUUGAGCGAAGAAUGGAUGGAGAAAAUAAGACGAAUUGGGAAUGAUUCUCUAUCAUAUAUCGAAAAGAAUACCACUGCUAUAUUAGAUGAGUUAAAGUUAAGACUUUGUGAGAAAUUUGAGGGUUUGAAAAUCUCUAUUUCUGCCAUCCACAAACAUUUAGUACAUAAGCAUAACAUUACGUUAAAGAAACUUGAAAAAAUACCAGCAGCAAGAAAUUCUGACAGAGUAAUAGCAUUACGAAAAGCGAUUGUUGAACAAUAUAAGAGUGAUGCAGAUAUGGAUUUUUCUAAGAAUUGUGUUUUUAUCGAUGAAGCAGGUUUCAAUUUGCAUUUACAAUUUUAGGUGCAAUUUCUUAAGCAGGUAUCAUAAAUAUUGGAGUUAAAAAACCAGAAUCAGCUUCUAAAAAAAAAAAAAAAAAAAAAAAAAAAAAGUCUAGCAAAUUUGAGCGAAACCUGAGCGAAACCUAAGCGAAACCUAAGCGAAACCUGAGCGAAACCUGAGCGAAACCUAAGCGAAACCUGUGACU